CCUUUUUCGCGGUUUAUUAGGAAAGUCAGCAACGCUCGCAAGAAAAAGCCCAUCAUUUCGUGCCCCGUUUCUCGUUCUUUCUACGGUCCCUUUUCUUCUCCGUCUCUCUUCGAAGAGCUCCGACGCCCAUCAGAUCAAAAUCCAAAACCCUAACCCUAGCGCAAGAAGAACAAGAAGGAGCAGCAGGAGCAGGGGAGAGAGAGAGAGAGAGAUCAUUAAUCUCGAAGAGGAGGCAGAUGGAGAGCGAGUCUCCAUUGGUCCCUUUCCCGCUCCUCCAAACCCCGAUCGAAACCAACUACAGGGCCUGCACGAUCCCUUACAGGUUCCCCUCCGAUAACCCUCGCAAGGCUACUCCCGUCGAGAUCCAGUGGAUCGAUCUCUUCUUGAGCUCCGUCCCCUCCUUCAAGCAAAGAGCAGAGAGUGACAAUACAGUUGUUGAUGCCCCUGAAAAAGCUGAAAAAUUUGCUCAGAGAUACACAGAAAUCCUUGAAGACAUGAAGAAGAACCCUGAGAGUCAUGGUGGGCCCCCGGAUUGCAUUCUUCUUUGCAGACUUCGCGAGCAAGUCCUUAGAGAAGUGGGCUUUAGAGAUAUAUUCAAGAAGGUUAAGGAUGAGGAGAAUGCAAAAGCUAUUUCUCUCUUUGAGGGAGUUAUUCGGCUUAAUGAUGCCACUGAAGACGAGAUCAAGCGUGCUGAGAACUUGAUUAGGGGUAUAUUGGCAGGAAACAUAUUUGAUUUGGGAUCUGCACAGCUUGCAGAAGUUUUUGCAAGGGAUGGCAUGUCCUUUAUGGCAAGUUGUCAGAACCUUGUUCCUCGACCUUGGGUAAUUGAUGAUCUGGACACAUUCAAAACAAAAUGGACUAAGAAGUCAUGGAAGAAGGCUGUCAUUUUUGUUGAUAAUUCUGGAGCUGAUAUUAUAUUGGGCAUAUUGCCAUUUGCAAGAGAAUUGCUUCGGCGUGGUACAAAGGUGGUUCUAGCAGCUAAUGAGUUGCCUUCAAUCAAUGAUGUAACUUAUACUGAACUGGUUGAAAUUAUAAAGAAGCUGAAGGAUGAAAAGGACCAGAUUGUCGGUGUUGAUACUUCCGGCCUUCUCAUUGUCAAUUCUGGCAAUGAUUUACCGGUAAUUGACCUCUCAAAUGUAUCACCAGAGUUGGCAUAUCUGGCAGCCGAUGCAGACUUAGUUAUAUUGGAGGGAAUGGGACGUGGAAUAGAAACAAAUUUAUAUGCUCAACUGAAAUGUGAUUCAAUCAAGAUUGGAAUGGUGAAGCACCCAGAGGUUGCUCAAUUCUUGGGUGGGAGGCUCUACGAUUGUGUAUUCAAGUACAAUGAGGUGUUGAAUUACUGAUGCCGUCUCCGUUGAAGCUGUUCUCUUCAAUUCUUCAUGUCAGCAGUUCCACAAACAGUAUUUAUAAAGUGAAAUCUACGACAGAUAUUUAGAGACAACAGGG